GGCAGGGUAGGUAAGCGCUGGCAGCAACUGAAUUCAACUGGAGAUUUUGCUGUCAUAACUCGCAUUUUGACGGCUGAGUGUCAUUACAAGGACUUUUAUUGACAAAGGCUGGAGUUCUUAUCAGUAAAGUAUGUCCACCUUGCCGAUGAACAUUUGACAGACGUGUAGGAGAACAUGUGCACUGCAUUCAGUCACCUGAUGUGGAGUAACAUUUCUGGGACCUGAUCUGAUCAGUAAAGACCGGAUUCAUUCACUGGAUGUUUUCUGUCUGGAAAACUGUCAAGACUGUGGAGAGCACACGGGAAACAGCAAUGGAUGGGAGGAUGAUCUGCAAUGGCCUCCACUAAUGGCUUGAAGAAGGAAUUAAUAUCAUUCUUUCACACCAGUGACCCACACUUACCACAGCUUUGUCAAAACAUUUUUCUGAAGCUCCCCUGUAACACAAUCAGACAAAAAGAAACAAAUGAAUACAAUUAGAGCAGCCUAAGGAAGCUGAGUCAAAGCUGGCACAGAUGCCAGCCUUUUUUCUGCUUUAAAGUUCGGUGUUACCACAUAGGCGGUCUGCCUCAUCACCCUCUGCCUGCUUAUUAUCUAUCAGAAUCCAUUUAAUGAGGCAUCAGAAAAAAGGCACAGCCAUGUACUUAUUGCUAGUGUUUGUACUACAGGCCCUGUGGGUGAGUUGGUGUCAUGCCACACAGCAUUACCCAGCCUCAUGGGGGCACUAUGAUGUUUGUAAGUCCCAGGUUUAUGCAGAGGACCGCCUGGCCUGGCACUAUAUGGCCUGCCAGCCUGAGGCCACUGAUAUGACCAAAUACCUGACCGUGUCUCUGGACCCACCUAACAUCACCUGCGGAGACCCACCUGAGAUGUACUGCGCCCUGGAAAACCCAUACAUGUGUAAUAACGAGUGUGACGCUGAUACCGAAGAGCUGGCCCACCCACCCGAGCUCAUGUUUGACUCUGAGGGACGAAACCCAACCACGUUCUGGCAGUCGACCUCCUGGAAGAAAUACCCGAAGCCCCUUCAGGUCAACAUCACGUUGUCCUGGAACAAAACAAUAGAACUCACAGAUGACAUUGUCCUCACCUUUGAGUCUGGCCGACCCGAGCAAUUAGUCUUGGAGAAGUCGCUGGAUUAUGGUCGUACGUGGCAGCCAUACCAGUUUUACGCAUCUGACUGUUUGGAUGCCUUUACAAUGGAGCCAAAAGCAGUACAUCAGCUGACCCCAAGCACAAUGCUAGAAAUCAUCUGCACUGAGGCCUAUUCAACGGGCUAUGUGUGGAAGUACGAUAAGACUGUACGCUUCGAGAUCAAAGACCGCUUCGCCCUUCUUGCUGGUCCGAGACUGCACAACAUGGCUUCUCUGUAUGGGCAGCUGGAUACCACCAAGAAUCUUAGGGAUUUCUUCACCCUUACUGACCUUCGCAUUAGACUUCUACGGCCUGCUACUGGAGCCACAAUGGUGGAUGAGAACAAUCUUUCUAGAUACUUCUAUGCCAUUUCGGACAUUAAAGUGCAGGGCAGGUGCAAGUGCAAUCUCCAUGCCAACAGCUGUGUUUUUGACAAAGGGAAGCUAGGGUGCGAGUGCGAACACAACACCACGGGGCCGGAUUGCACACGCUGUAAGAGACACUACCAGGGCCGAACAUGGAGCAUGGGCUCCUAUCUGCCCAUCCCCAAGGGUACUGCCAAUAUCUGUAUCCCAAACAAUCUUGGCACCUCCGUUCGACCAAAUGCUUCUUCACUUGGAGCAGCGAACCGAAAUCAAGCUCGAGUGUGUGACAACGUGCUCCUGCGCUGUCAGAACGGUGGCAUGUGUCACCACCACCAGCGCUGCCAGUGUCUGGCCGGUUUUGGUGGCGUACUGUGCGAGAAGACCCAAUGCCAGGGUGACUCUUGCGAGGAUCUGCAAUCCAGCCAGCUGUCCCUCCGCCCCCUGCCCGCAGCCCAGACUCUCCCGCUGACUCUGCUAUCUCUCAUCCCCUCCCUGCUGGCCACCCGGGGCCUAACAUCACUCUGAGGGGAACGCUUUUGCCCCAAAAACAUUCUCUACGGGGGCUCCAAUCAUGACUUCCUGUUAGAGGACACCUGAUGAAUAAAAAGAAAUGCUCCCUUGAUGUGAAAGAAAAAAAUGAAACUUGUUGUUUUUUUAGGAAACCGUAAAGUUUUCUACUCCGUACUAUGUCAAUUAAAGUUUGCCUGAGAUGAUGGAUAAACUGGAAAAAUGUGCAAAAAGAAAACAACAACCAGAACAACAACAUAAAAAAAUCUGACACUAAUGAACGUUUUUAUCUUUGUUGAAUUAAGAAGAAAUGAAAUCAGUACACUGUUCCACAGCUCUGUAGCCAAGCCUCAGAGCGCAGAAACACGGCAAUAAAAAUGAUUUCAAGACAAAUCAUCGAUGUGAAGGUGAAUCAAGAUUUGCUCUUAGACUGCCAACUGAAUUUACACACACACUACCACGACUGGUGGUCAAACUUCUCACACUUAACCUUUUCCUGACCCUCUCUCUUCUUCUUGUAACUCUGUGAAGUCGUGUAAAAGACCCAUGAUAUAUGUCACACAAGAAUUGAUCCAGAUUAUCAUUCAGAGCUGGUGUAAAAUCAAUCAAAUAUACUGUAACAUGAGAGACAACUGCUGAUAUUUUGUAGUGGGAUAUUUUCAUGACAAUGAGAAUUAGAACAAGAAGAAAGACCCUGAUCAACAUUGUGACUUUUUGCAUCGCUGCAACAACCUGUAGAAUUUGGGUUGAUACUUUAAUUAUUGCCCUGAUGGAGUUGUAUAUUCCUGUUUAGUUGCCAAUCUUUUUGCUUAAAACAUAAGUUUACAUUCUCACCGACCGAACUGUACGAAAGGUUUCACCAAAGGGCUUCGGUGAGGAAUCCUUUGUUGCUUGAAGCCAGCUAUGUUUGUGAAUUAAAGAUGAAAAAACUUACAUUUUAUUGCCAUUUUGUCAAAGCAAAUCUUGAAAGAUAGCAUGUGAUUUCUAUUCAUGUGUGUUCUCAGAAUUCAGGCAAGCUCUUAGUAACCA